GGUCUGCUCUGCGCGUGCAGGUUUUUUUUUUUUUUGGUGUUGCCGAAAGCUGCUAGGGAUGAUGAUGAUGGCGGAGUUGGUGCAGGGACAGGCCUCGGUGGCUCAGCCCGGAAUGAAAGCAGACGGCUUCGCCGACGCUUUACAUCGGGCCCGACAGUCAUUGCUGCCGAUGGAGAGAACUUUCUGCUCCCCCAGUGCUGCAGAACCGCAGAUGGCAGCCAAAAUGGGGGGUGACCAGAUGGCCCACCUGAACAACUCCUCACCCAUGGUAGACCCCUCCCUCUACGGCUACGGAGGACAGAAGCGCUCGCUGGACGAAGGGGUAGGUAACCAGCUCGGAGCAAUGGUACAUCAAAGGGCUGGUAUGACCGAAGACUUCAAAGUGCCUGAUAAAAUGGUGGGAUUCAUCAUCGGCAGAGGAGGAGAGCAGAUUACGAGAAUUCAGCUUGAAUCGGGCUGCAAAAUCCAAAUCGCUGCAGACAGCGGGGGGAUGAUGGACAGACCCUGUACCUUGACUGGCCCCCCAGAGACCAUCGAGCACGCCAAAAGGCUGCUGGGACAGAUUGUGGAUCGGUGCCGCAACGGCCCCGGUUUCCACAGCGACCUGGACGGGAACAGCGCCGUGCAGGAGAUCCUGAUCCCAGCGUGCAAAGUGGGGCUGGUCAUCGGGAAGGGCGGGGACACCAUCAAACAGCUUCAGGAAAGAACGGGGGUGAAGAUGAUCAUGAUUCAGGACGGUCCCAUGCCGACGGGGGCGGACAAGCCCCUGAGAAUCACAGGGGAUCCCUACAAGGUGCAGCAAGCGCGGGAGCUGGUCGUGGAGAUCAUUCGCGAGAAGGACCAGGGCGAUUUCCGAUUGGGCAGGAGCGACUUCGCGUCCAGGCUGGGCGGAAGCAGCUUGGAUGUUGCCGUCCCGAGAUUCGCGGUGGGGAUCGUCAUCGGUCGAAGCGGCGAGAUGAUAAAGAAGAUCCAGCACGAUGCAGGCGUCAGGAUCCAGUUCAAACCAGACGAUGGCAUCAGCCCUGACCGAAUCGCUCAGGUGAUGGGUCAGCCCGACAGGUGUCAGCACGCUGUCCACCUCAUCAACGAGCUGGUCCACACAGCCCAGGAGCGUGACGGUUUCGGGGGAGCGGGCGGUCCUCGCGGCCGGGGCCGAGGCCGCGGCGAGUGGAACAUGGGGGCCCCGGGGGGCCUGCAGGAGGUCACGUACACGAUACCCGCCGACAAGUGUGGCCUGGUGAUCGGAAAAGGUGGAGAGACCAUCAAGAACAUCAACCAGCAGUCUGGGGCGCACGUGGAACUGCAGAGGAACCCCCCGCCCAACACGGACCCCAACGUCCGCAUCUUCACCAUCCGCGGGACCCCCCAGCAGAUGGACCUGGCCCGUCAGCUGAUCGACGAGAAGAUUGGGGGAUCGGGCAUGGGGGGCAGUGGCAGUUUUGGGCUGGGCACUUUCUCUCAAGGGUCUGCCACUCCUCACCAGAAUGGACCCCAGACGUUCAUGACCGGAGGGUGGGGGACAGCGUAUCAGACCUGGCAGCCGCAAGGCCAGCAGGACCCCAGUCACAAUGGAUCCCAGACAGGGCAGAUGGACUAUUCCAAAGCAUGGGAGCAGUAUUAUAAGAAACUAGGCCAAGCCGCUGGACCCACCUCCCAGCAGAGCUCCCCUCCGGACUACAGCGCCGCCUGGGCCGAGUAUUACCGCCAGCAGGGGGCGUACUACGGACAGGGCACACAGCAGACCCAGGCCCCCGGCCUUCAGGAACAUUAGAAUGGAUUUCCUUCAGUUGACGAUUUUGGAAUGCGGGGGAGAGAGAGUGUGGAAACGAACCUUUUAUAACAGGUUUAUAGAUUUGCAAUGUCUUGAAGACUUAAUUUUUUUUCUUAGAGCGAAACACUAGCUGUAGAAUUACUUGUACAAUUCAAAAGAAAAAGAAUGAAUUUCUAAAUCAGGAACAUUUAAUUGUUACUAAAACAAAAGUGUGGAUACCCUUAUAUUUGAAUGGACAAUUUCUGGGAUUUCUUGGGGCUUGAGAGAAUCUUUUUUUUUCUUUUCUUUUUUUGUCCUUUUUUUUUUAAAAAUCAAUAUUAAAAUUACAAAACAUACCCCGGAGUUGUAACAUUUCAACCAAAUGCAAUAUAAUCUAUUUUUUGUAGUUCUGUCGCAAUAAAGUCGUGAUUAUGGGCUUAGCAGUCUUGAGUAUUUUUUUUAAAUGGUUUUCUGUUUGUCAAUGAAAAAAAAAUUUUUAAUGUGUAAUGUCUGCUCUUUUCCUUAUUUUCAUUUUUACAUGAAACAUUUUUUAAUUCUGUGAGAUGAAACUGUGAUAUCAUGUUACGGGGAAACGUAUUAUUUUGUUACAAAAUACCGGGAGUGGUUUUCAGCAAAUGGCAGUCAAUUACUAAUUUAAUUCCUGUUAUGUGUAGUAUUCUAUUUCAAUGUCACUGUAUUGUAUUCUGGUUUAAAAAGGUGCAAUAUCCAAUUUCCUUUUCUUGAAACAAAGAUGAACUCUAUAAUAUUUUGACAAAUGUUUAACCUGUAGGUCUUGGAAUGAAAUCAUGUUUUUUUUAGGCAAUUGAAGAUGUAAUAAAAUUAUUUUUUAUUACAGUGAUCUAAUAUGGGUAGGGGGGUGUUGCAUAUUGUGAGUUAAUGUCUUUGCUAUCUUGUUAAACUAUGUGUGUAUGUUCAGAUACUUGACUAAAUAGUUUAUUUAAAAUAUAUAUAAUUAUAUCUGAUGUUUUGUACAUCAUUUUCACAGGAAAACUAUCCCUGUUCUGUUUUCUGUUUUCAUACUGAAAAAUGCUCAAUGAUAGUGAAUGUGUAAUUUGAAAUCUGAUGUUGCAUCUUGCUGCAGGCAAAAUUUUGAGAAGAGAUUUUUAUGUGCGCUCUGUAUUUUGACAAUUCAAGACUGCUAAGCCUUUAUUCAAUCCUGUGUAAUUAAUUGUAGCUUUUAUAUUUUAAGUAUUGAAAGAUACGUUGUUUCUUAUUUGGUACCAACGAGCUCCCCAACACCCCAGACAGUAUACACUGUGGACUCUUGCAAAUGCUAAUAACUUUUUAAUUCAUUGGGUUUUUUUUCUUUCUAUUAUGUGUAAGCUAAUAUAUGUAUGAUUGAUUAGUUACAAAAUGAUUAUAGUAUUAUUAACUGCAUUGCCUAAUGAAAAGGGAUAUUAUAAUUUCAAAAUGUUUAACUUUAGUGUUUUAUUUUUCCUCAUGUGUACAGAUAACCAUGUAUUAAAAAGGUUGAGUAAUUUGUCUUUCAGUUGAAAUGAAGUGGGGGUUUUGUGUUAUGUUUGGGGCAGUUUUUCUUUUCUUUUUUUUUUUUUUAGCACAUUCCAAUUUCAAAUGUUUGCUUUUAUUUGCAGUUCUCUUAAACCUAGAUCUACCUUUCAGAGCCCUGUCAUUAGACACACCAUGCAAUCUAUAUAUACAAUAUAUAGAAGUUAUAUAUCUUAUAUAUAAUGUUUUAUAUGUUAUAUAUAGAAAGUAUAUAUUCUCUCUAGUGAAUUUUUACUCUUUCUUUGCCAUUUCACACUCUGUAAUAAAUUAACCACAAAUCUCUUGUGGUAAAAGUAAAGAAUCUUUAUUUUUGUAACAUUGUAAGGUUAACUGCACCGGUCUGAAGUCUGAUAGAUUUAUCUCUCUUUCCCCCCCUCAAGUUUUCAUUUUUUGCUGUGUACCCUCAUGAGAUUAAAAUCCUAAAUUCCAAAAUAAAAAA